AUGAUUAUUCCGGUCCCUGCCGGCCGGUGGCGGUAAUACACCUUUAGGCUGUUUGCCACGUGUGAAUGAUCGAAAGAAGAAGAGGAAGCAGGAAGUGUUGGUCGGUCCGGUUUGUUUGUUUAGAGAAACGCAGCCGUCCGGCAGUCUGUGACACCGGGACCCUGUCGCGACGCUCCAUGGCGGCGGUGGACGUGGAGGAUGAGAGCAUCCUGGCAUCCAUCUUCAGGGACAGCUUCCCGGACAGCUGGAGGGAGAACCCGGACUUCGCGGCCUACCUGUCGGAGCUCAGCAGCUUCGGGGUGGAGAAGCUGGGCCGGGAGCCGGAGCGGCUGGCGGAGGAGCGGGCUCAGAUCCUGCAGCAGACCCGUGAGCUGGCCUUCUCCAACUACCAGACCUUCAUCCGCACCGCCGACUGCACCGAGCACAUCUACCGGGACUUCGGCCGUGUGGAGAGCAGCGUGUCCCGGCUGCUGGACAAGCUGCCCCGCUUCGGGGAGAGAUGCAGGGGUUUCAUGAAGGAGGCGGAGGAGAUCGGAGUGAGCCGUCGGAUGAACAGCCUCACGCUGAACCGCCACACAGAGAUCCUGGAGAUUUUAGAGAUCCCUCAGCUCAUGGAUACCUGCGUCCGGAACGGCUACUACGAGGAGGCCCUGGAGCUGGCGGCAUAUGUCAAGAGGCUGGAGAAAAAGCACUCAUCGCUGCCCGUCAUCCAGGGUAUCGUGCAUGAAGUGCGUCAGUCCGCUCAGCUGAUGCUCAACCAGCUGUUGCAGCAGCUUCGCAGCAACUCCCAGCUUCCCGUGUGCCUCCGUGUCAUCGGUUACCUGCGGCGCAUGGACGUGUUUACGGAGGCGGAGCUGCGGGUGAAGUUCCUGCAGGCUCGUGGCACCUGGCUGCACUCCAUCCUUGCCGCCGUCCCCGAAGACGACGCCUACUUCCACAUCACCAAGACCAUCGAGGCCUGCAGAGUGCACCUGUUUGACAUCAUCACCCAGUACAGAGCCAUCUUCUCUGACGAGGACCCGCUGGUGCCCCCCACCGCUGGGCUCGUGGCUGUGAACGAGGGUGCCAUCUUCCACGGCUGGGUGGUGCAGAAGGUGGCGGAGUUCCUGGAGACCUUAGAGAGGGACCUACAGCGGGGGGUGGGGAGCCGCCUGGACUCCCUGCUGGGUCAGUGCAUGUACUUCGGUUUGUCCUUCAGCAGGGUGGGGGCGGACUUCCGCGGGCAGCUGGCACCCAUGUUCCAGCGGGUGGCAGUGGACACGUUCCGAGGGGCCGUGCAGGAGGCGGUGGAAAAGUUCCAGGAGGACAUGAACCUGUACACGCUCAUCGCCCUGCCCUCGGUGCUGGGGGGAACCAUCCCCUCUGUGGCACCUGCCCCGCAGCCUGGCACCCUGCAGCCCCCCAUGUCCCUGCUGGACUUCCAGCCACUCGCCUGCUUCCUCAACAACAUCCUGACUGCCUUCAACGAUCUCCGGCUCUGCUGCCCCAGUGGAGUGGUAGAGGGUGUCACCAAGUGCCUCGAGGAAGCCUUGAAGAUGGUGACUCGUCAGAUUCUGGUGUUUCACCGGGCGGAGGAGACGGCCUUCAGCAGCCAGGAGAAGGAGCUGUUUGUGCAGUUCUGCUGCGCAUAUGCUGAAGACCUGGUGCCGUUCCUAAACCGCUGCCUGCAGGUCCUAUUUCCUCCGGCUCAGCUCGCUCUCAUUCUGGGUGUUCCUCCCACUCAGCUGCACAGGUACGGCAGUCUGGGCUCCAUCGACCUCGCUGCGGUUCUCGAGCCUCUGGCCUUCGUGCUUCCUCAGAAGGAGACCCCGUUGCCUUCGCUGCCGCUGCCAGAGGUCGAUGUUGCGGCCGAACUGGGUAGGCUGACAUUUGAGGCGGAGCCCAAAGAACCAGCGGCAGAUCCAGACCCGACAUUGACCCGGUCUAGCCUCAGAGACUCAGAGCCGAAACAGGACGAGGAUCGGGUGAUGGCCUCCGUCAACACUAAAUGAUUAAUAUUUUUCUAUGUGUAAAAAAAAGGCUUUAAUGGUCUCAUUUCUUAUUUAAAGGUUUACUCACCAGUUUGGAAAGAAAACGUUUGUUAGUCUUUAAUGACCCGUUUUCCAUCGAUGAGGGGAUCCACCUGAUUCUAGCUUUUUUUUUCUGUACUUUAAGGAGGAAAAACAUAGUUUCUAUUUCCUGUUACUGUGUCGGGGGCGCUGUUAGCACAGCCCGCUUUAGCCGUCCCUGUUCUGUACUUUCUCCUGAGUCUUGGUCUCCUUUGCGUCACAACUGAGCGCCUUUUUGCUGAUGCAGCUGGGAGUUGUAGUCCAUCUACGGUGUCUGAUUUAUUUGGUGGAUUUCUUUAAAUAUGUUUAAGGGUUACCUGAGAAUGUGUCUGUACUCUGAAAUAAUGCAAACAGAUUCACUCUGAUGUCACACUCAAAGAUUUAAUGGAAAUCAAUAAAGAUACAAUAUUCUGA